AUGGCCCGUUUUAAUAUCUCCAUCCUUUGCACUCUCCUCGUGCUGGCAGUUGUCGCUCUUUCCAUGCCUGUCAAGCGUGGUGGGGAUGCUCUUCCGCUCAACCUUGAUGGUACCCUUGACCAACUGAAGAGUGCCACUAGGCUUAUGGAUGGCCUUGAUCGCAAGGAAAGCAACAACAAGGAUAAUCAGGAGCAGCAUGAUGAGGCUGCAGCUAAAGCCCAGAAGAAGAAAGACGAGGAAGCCCAGAAGAAGAAAGAUGAGGCGGAGACGAUGGCCAAAGUCAACAAGAAGCUAGAAGAGGCCAAGAACGGCGACAACGCUGCUCCUACUCCUACUGCUUCCCACAAAAACAAGCUCUCGUCUGGCACAUUUGUUACUCCUACUUCCACCCCUACCCACAAGGCCAAGUCUGAGCCCAACGCGCUCGGCAAGAUUCCCCUCAUUGGUGGCCUGCUUGGUGGUGCUGGAGCCGGCCUUUAA